AUGUCAGAAACACAUGGCGACUACCAAAAGGCGAUCUACGCCAAUGGAAUGCACCGCGGCUUGCGUCCCGCAGUCACAACCGAUCCUCGACGCCUUGAGACGCAGGCCCGCCAGGUGAUGAACGAGAAAUCGUUCGACUAUAUCAGAGGCAGAGCUGGAGGAAAAUCUACCCUCGCUAGGAACCGGCUCGCGUUUGACCGGUGGAUACUGUAG